GCCCAUACACUGACUUGCCACAACCAGCCCAUAGUCAUCUAUGCCAGCUUCUUCCUUGCGAUGACCCCCACGCCAAUUCCAUCUCUCCCCUGCCUGAAACUUGGCACUUACUCUGAUCCCAGAGUGUCCGAAGCCUUUGACCUCGUUUCCGCCAGAGAUAUCUCUCCAGGUGCUGCAGCUCGUCUUCAACCCUGCGAGUUGCCACACAGCCGAAGUAGUGACUAGCUAUGCUUCCAGUGUAGUGAUUGUCCUUCGAAUUUCGAGUUUCAGAGUCGACUGGGUUCCUUUAUUUUGGGCUGGGCUUCUAAAACGAAAUUACUGAGUUUAAACACUCCCUGGAGCUACGCCUGGACUACACCAGAGGCGCCUGAUCUUCCUCAGGCGAGUCGAUCUCCCGUGUCGAUCCUUCUCCAUGGAUGCCUAGGCAACGCCCUAACAACCUUGACAAUUCCUUUCUGGCUUUUGUUAGUUGACUGCCAUGGCUAGCAAUUCUCAGUUCACUAGUAUGCAGCCACCUCGACCUCCACUAGCUAGUCUUCCUCAAAGUGCUCAUACACCUAUGCCAAUGCCGCUACAGUUCCGACCACCCAUGGUUCCACCACAGCCAUUCAUUCCUGGCCCUUCUCAACAAUUUCAGCCUCUAGGGCAUACAAGUGUUAUGAUGCCUCCUCCUCCACAAAACCAGUUUCCUCAACUGAUGCAGCAGAUACCUGUUAGACCUGUUGCAGGAGUGCACAUUGUUCCUUCAGCACAGGUUACUCCACCACCAGACUUUGCAAACAGGCCCGUCACUCCUGUUGCCGCACCACCUCAACAGAGCUUUCAGAUAUCAAAUAACUAUGUUCCCUGUCCUAGCGGCUCAAGUUUUCCAGCUUCAUCUUCUUACAAGGAUUCAGAGUCUUCUGCAACUCUACACCAGUCCCAAACAAGCGAAUCUGGUUUUUCCGCCGGAGGGCAGCCAUGGGUGUUGUCUGGGAACCCUAACAUCAAAUCCACAAACACGCCCUUGCAGCUGACGAGUGAAUUUGUGCCAAAAGCGGGAGAAGAAUGUAAUGCUGCUAUUUCGGAAGCAAAUCCUACGCUUGGAUCAGCUGAUAAGAUUCCAUCAGAUUGGAUAGAGCAUACUGCCCGCACUGGCAAAAAAUAUUAUUACAACAUGAGGACAAAGAUAUCUAGCUGGGAGAAACCUGUUGAGUUGAUGACUGAAAUCGAGAAGGCUGAUGCUUCCACUGACUGGAGAGAAUGCACUAGUCCUGAUGGAAGAAAGUAUUAUUACAACAAGGUUACUAAGGUGUCAAAGUGGGCAAUGCCUGAUGAAGUCAAGUUGGCACGUGAGAAGCUUAAUCUGGAGACAAUCAAGGCAUUAGAACAAGAAAAGAGUGGUGUCUCUCACACUCUUGAUGCAACAUCGUCUACUAGUGCGAAAGCAUAUUCUCCAAGUGCAGUGUGUUUAUCGGCCUUACCUCAAGGGACAGGGGCAAGCCCAAUAUCAGCGGCACCAGCUGUCACUUCAGAAAUGUUAGGCCGAUCUGAUAAUGCAUCUAACACUCCAGCUGAGUCUGUUGUCUUGCAAACUCCUUCCAAAGCUGCCUCACCAGCUGUUGCCGCUAAGUCAGAUGGGCAUGGAGUGUCGGCCACAACCGCAGACUCUGUCGCAAUUCAGAUGACUCCUGGAAUUUCACCGGUUCAUGAUGCUGCAGCUGAUACAAAUGGAGGUUCUCCAGGAAAGAUACAGGACGCUGAAAAAGGUGCUGGAGUUUCUGAAAAGGGAAGUGCUGUUUUGUCAGAUGAGAAAAUGACUGAGCCAUUACCUUCAGCUUACGCGGGCAAACAGGACGCAAAGAAUGCAUUUAAAGCACUUCUUGAUUCUGCUGGUGUUGGACCUGACUGGAAUUGGGAUCAGGCCAUGAGAGCAAUAAUUAAUGAUAGAAGAUAUGGGGCUCUAAAAACACUUUCUGAGCGAAAGCAGGUUUUUAACGAGUACGUGGGACAAAAGAAAAAACUUGAAGCAGAGGAGAGGCGUGCCAGACAGAAGAAAAGUAGAGAAGAUUUCAAAACAAUGUUAGAGGAGUGCCAAGAGAUUACAUCUUCCAUCCGAUGGAGUAGAGCAAUAUCUAUCCUUGAAAAUGAUGAGCGCUAUCAAGCUGUUGAACGGUCAAAGGACCGUGAGGACCUUUUUCAAGAUUACAUACAAGAACUUGAGAAAAAGGAAAGAGCAAAGGCAUUGGAGGAGAACAAGCGGUAUAGAAUGGAGUACUUGGAAUUUUUGAAAUCUUGCGACUUCAUUAAGGCAAGCAGCCAAUGGCGGAGGGUUCAAGACCGCUUAGAGGAUGACGAAAGGUGCUCACGCCUGGAGAAGAUUGACCGUUUGGAAAUUUUUCAGGAGUAUAUUCGUGACUUAGAAAGGGAAGAAGAGGAGCAAAGAAGGCUGCGUAUGGAGGAGUUGAGGAAAACAGAACGUAAAAACCGUGAUGAAUUCCGCAAGCUUAUGGAAGAGCAUGUUUCUGAAGGUGUUCUCACAGCCAGAACUCACUGGCGCGACUAUUGCAUGAAGGUUAAAGAUUCACCUGCAUUUUUAGCUGUUUCAUCCAACACAUCGGGUUCGACAGCAAAAGAUUUGUAUGAAGAUGUUGUAGAGGAGCUGGAAAAACAGUUUGUUGAAGAUAAGGCUCGUAUAAGAGAUGCAGUUAAAGUGCAUGAGGUUGGUCUGACAACAAGUUGGACAUUUGAAGACUUCAAGGCUGCCCUUUCAGAAGAUAUUAUUUCACCGCCCAUAUCGGAUACUAAUUUGAAGUUUGUUUUUGAAGAGUUGGUGGAAAGGGCCAGAGAAAAAGAAGAAAAAGAAGCUAAAAGACGUAAACGUCUUGCAGAUGAUUUCUACGAGCUUUUAUGUGAUUCUAAGGAAAUUACUGCAUCUUCAAGAUGGGAGGACUGCAAACCUUUACUUGAUGACAGGCAAGACAGCUAAUUUGGCGUUUAUAAUAUGGGGGAAUUUGACUUUGCAUCCCACUUUUUGGUUGAUAUUGGACUUUGCACCCCAUUUUCAAAAAACUUUGACUUUGCACCCCAUUCCACUUACGGCCUGUUUGGAUUAGGUGUUAGGAGGUGUUAGUAAUGGAAGUGUUAAGGAGUGUUUAGUUUAACACUUGUUUGGGAGAAAAUUUAAAUUUGUUUAGAGGUGUUAAUAAGUGUUUGAGGGUGUUAAACAAAACCUCCCUAACACCUAUAUCUAUCACUUUUUUAACACCCCAAUUUGGAGUGUAAUGAAGUGUUGGACAACAUUUGCCCCUUUUAUUUCAAAAUCUGCGUAUUACCGACGUUCCCUGUAACUUCUUCCGCAGCCAAAACGUUCUUCUUCUUCCGCAGGCCAAAGACCGUUCUUCUUCUUCUUCACCUAUUGCAGCUAUUCUUCGAUUUAUUCCCUGAUUCUCCUCCUAGGUUUGUGUUUGUGUAAUUAAAUACUCCGUAAUAUAAUAGCAGCCUAUAGUAUACUUCGUAAAUACAUAGAACUAUAGCAGGCGGUAAAUGAUGGGUGUUAGAAUUAUAUUGUAUAUAUACUUCCUCUGUUCGGAUUUAAAUGCAACACUCCCUCUGGCGCAGGAAUUAAGAAACUUUAGUAAAGUGUUGUUUCUUCCCACUUUACCCUUAAUGACACAUGGCUAUUAUUACAGCGAGAGAAACAAUGAACUGUCAGGCUACUCUAGCUACGGCCUACGGGUGUUCCUUCUUCUUUAAUCUCUUCCGGCCAAAUGCCCAAAUCAGUUAAAAGUGUACAGACGUACAGUGACUUAAAUUUGUUGUUCUUUUAGUCCGAUCCUGAAAGGAAGUUGCUGCCAAAAACAAUUUCGUAUCUUUGUUGUUGACGGUUUGUCUCCAUAUAUUGCUUAAAAAGACAAUGAAAAACAUUCUGAUAAAAGAAAAAAGAUGAGUGGAAAGAAAUUGAAGAAAGAAACAAUAGUUCUUCACAUGGAAGAACAACAAAAAGCAUCAGUUGACGGGUCUGAUUCACGCAGAGUAUAGCUAUAAGAAAAAAGUGGAAGAAGAUGAUAGAGAUAAGAAGCAAAUGGGGGAACGUGGCUAUUAGGAAAAAAUCAAUUGUUAUGACCCAUGAGUGGGUGAGAUAAAUUUGGGUGCAGAGAGAUUGAUUGUGCGGUUGUGAGUGGAGAGGGGUAUGGUAGUCAUUGAGCCUAUAUUUUCUUACCAAAAAUAGAAUGUUGCAAUUAUUUUGAAACUUCCAAAAAAGGUAAGUGUUGCAUUUAUUAGAGAACGGAGGAAGUAUAUACUUCGUAUUAUAUAUAGAUGUAGCAUCCUAUAGUAUACUUGUAUACUCGUAGCACAGUUAGCACUUAACUGUAGUUUGAUGUAGGAGUAUAUAGCAGGUCGUGAGUGAAUAAGUGAUUAUUGUUAGUAUUUUAUAUAUAUGAGGUUACUUUUGUCAAUUUAAAUGAAGACACUUCCAUUACUAACACUUCAUUUUUUUAACUCUCCCAAACAAGGUAUGGUUAUGUAUAACACUUACACUUACCUCCCUUUCCGGGCCCUUGUCAACACCUACUAACACUUCCAUUACUAACACCUUCCAACACUUCAUCCAAACGUUGCCUUAAAAAUCCUUUGACUUUGCACCUCAUUCAGAAAAUUUUCUUCACAAAAUGUUAUGUGUUGGGGUGCAAAAUCAAAAUUUUUUCAAAAUGGGGUGCAAAGUUCAAUAUCACCCAAAAAUUGGGGUGCAAAGUCAAAUUCUCCCUUAUAAUAUUUUUUAUAUGUUGGAUUGUUGGAAUAGUAAAUUAAUUUGGCUUUUCAUAUUCAUAAUUGCAUUGAUAGGAAUGCUGUAUGUGACUUCUAAGUUUUGAACAAGAAAGCGUUUGUUUUAUGUAAUUUGAUAUUUUAGUGCUCAUUCGAUAUCAAUUUCUGUGUUGCGUUAUUUACUUAUUUUUGAAAACUAAAAACAAGGUUAUGAAACCCCGAAAAAGGUGUUUUCUAGAUUUUCAUUAGCAUUUUCGAAAAUAAGUACAACUACUUAUAGUUUUCGAAAAUCGUACUUAUUUUCGAAUUAUAUAAAUUAUAAAUAACUACUUAUAACAUAACAUCUAGAAUCAUUAAUUUGGGCAGUGAUGCCGCAUUCAACUUUCCAUGCUUCCCCGAAGGAAAAAUCUUAUUCUCCCUGACUAUCUGAAUAUCUGAUGCAUACAAACAGGAAGAUGAGUGAAGAGGGGUUUUUGCUGGAAGUAUUUGAUAAGUUUGUUGCUGGGCUAAAAGAAAAGGCAAAAGAGAAGGAACGAAGACGACGGGAAGAGAAGGCCAGAAAGGAAAAAAAGGAAAAGGAAAGAAAAGACAGAGAGAAGGAAAAACAUGGAAGGGUUAAAGACAGAGGAGAUGAAAGCAGGAGUGGGAAAGAGAGGAGUAGGAAGGAGAGUACAGACAGUGGGGGUGAUAAGACUGAACCAUAUAGUAUUGAAGACAACAGAAAAACAGAAAGUGAGAGAGACAAGAAACACAGGAAGCGGCGGCAUUCUAGUCCCAUUGAUGAGGAUGAAAAUGAGAAGAGUCGGUCAAGGAGUUCCCGACAACAUAGUAGUAGUGACCACAAGAAGUCAAAACAGCAUGUAUGGGCAGCAUCUGAAACAAAACCUGAUGGCCACCACAGGAAACACAAGAGAGAUAGGAGGAGUAGCUCUCAUCAUAAAAGUGGCGAUUAUGAAGACGAUGGGGAUGGCGAAGCCCGGUAGAUUCUUUCAUUUGUUGUUUCCCGACUUGUGUACAUUUGUUUUACCCCCCUCCCGAAAAUUCAUUGACUUAGUGUAAAGUAUUUAUGCAUACAUUCAGAGUAGGGGAAGAAGUGAUGUAGGCAACAACAGACUAGGAAUUAUUUGUUAUUCAGGCCUACUUGUAAUAAUAAUAUAUUAAACGAGAGGAAUAUGAAAUAGAUUCUUU